AUGAAGCUGGUGGUGACCAAGGUGCUGUGUCUGCUGGGCAUCUGCCUCCUGACGCUGGCCGGGUCCCUGCUCCCCGUCAGGUUCAUCCAGGCUGACCAGCAGAAGGUCCAUCGCUCCAGGAGGGUCCUUGCCCUCUGCAACUCCUUUGGGGGAGGGGUUUUCCUGGCCACCUGCUUCAACGCCUUGCUGCCUGUCGUGAGGGAAAAGCUGGAUGAAGUUCUCAAGCAGGGGAACGUGCCCCCGGACUACCCAGUGGCCGAGACCAUCGUCAUGGUCGGCUUCUUCCUCACGGUCUUCGUGGAGCAGCUGGUCUUGAGCUUCCAGAAGGAGAAACCUUCCUUCAUCGACCUGGAGACCUUCAACGCGGGCUCGGACGCGGGGAGCGACUCGGAGUACGAGAGCCCCUUCAUCUGCCCCGCCCGGG